ACCCCCAGAGUUGAUUGGUGAGCUGAUGAAAAAGGGCAUUCCCAUUGGAUGGCACAGCUGCUAAUCACACACUUAGCUCUUUCUAAGCUAUAUUUAGACUGCCUGGUCCACGGGUUUCUCCAUGGCAGUAGCUGAAGAGCUCUUGAAUUCCUGUUAAGAGGCCUGCGUAGAGUGUCAAGAUGACUUCCCAGGUGAGCCAGAACUUCCACCCUGACUGUGAGGCUGCUGUGAACCAGCUGAUCAAUUUGGAGCUCUCUACUAGCUAUGUGUACCUUUCUAUGGCCAGCCACUUUGACCGUGAUGAUGUCGCCUUAAGCCACAUGGCCCAGUUCUUCAGGGAGCAAUUGGAGGAAGAGAGGGAGCACGCUGAGAAGUUCCUGAGAUACCAGAACAACCGAGGAGGCCGCAUUAUACUGAAGGACAUCAAGAAGCCAGACCAGGACAGCUGGGGCAGCAGCUUGGAAGCCCUGCAGAGAGCCUUGCAGCUGGAGAAGGAGGUCAACCAAGCCCUGCUAGACCUCCACAAGCUGGCGACGGAGAAGGGCGACCCCCAUCUAUGUGACUUCCUGGAGUCGGAAUACCUGGAGGAGCAAGUGAAGACCAUCAAGAGGCUGGGAGACCAUAUCACCAACCUGAAGCGCCUGCAGGUGCCCCAGAACAACUUGGGGGAGUACCUGUUUGACAAGCUGACCUUGGGCGACAGCAGCGAGCUCUACCGGAGCAGGCGUCCCUGACUGUGCUUCUAGAGACAAAAGAAUAAAAUUGGCAUUAAAGGAAA